GGGAGCCCCCUCGGCGCGUGCCGCCUGGGAUACUCCGCGUCAGCUCUGGCCUCCCGCGCCAGCUUUGCGCGCGGCCCGGCCACGCACCCCGCGAUGUCUGGUCUGCCUUCCGCCUGCCAGGGGCAGGGAGGAAAGCUAACACAUGUACGUGCAUUUGGCAAGUCGCUGCGAGAUCUGCACCGCAGGCUUCAUAGCGGCGGCGACGGCCCGGAGAACCUCGAAGGCCUCCGAGGCGUGAUUCAGAAGCUGCGCUCGUGCGACUCGUGCCCGCGCUGCAAGGAAGACUGGAGCAGCCGGGGCCUCGCGGGGCCCCUGGACGACUGUUGGCGAGCGCUGCAGGAGACGGGGUCCCCGGCGACACAGCCCCGUCGCGCCCUGCUGGAGGCCGUGGAGAAGUUCUACGAGCAAACCACGGUCAACCUCCAGGUUAGUAACGAGGACAGCUCACAGCUCUGGUUUACCCAGAACAGCGUGAAGGCAGUCUUCACGCAUGGAGCACACAAGGGGCAGCGGGUCUCUGAUCUGGUAGAAGAAAUUGUCGAAUCUGGCGAGGAGCAGAUUACGAAAUUCAAGCUGAUCGCUGUCUUUCACCAUGGGCGCUACAAGUGCCUAUGCAAUCGGCGGCUGUGGGCAGUGCGGGAGGCAUCUAAGCGGUUGGGAUUCCCUCUGCGUGUGCAUGUCGACGUGCACCCGCUCCUGUCCGGAGCGAAGUUUGUCGACGGGGCAGACGGGAAAGCCACCGAUGUCUUGCUUAAGUUUGAGGGCUUGCAUACGACGACGUCGAACGGCGCCCGCGUGCGCGUCCGCCCCGAUCCGCCCCGAGACAGCAUCGAGGCUCCCGUGGACUGGCUGUUGAAGUAUCAGGGCGGCAGGGACGUAGACGGAACGCCUCUGCGCACCUCGGUGCUGCCCCUGCUGCCCAGGCUGCCCGCGAUCGCCAGGUACAUUGUGGAGGGGCCGCAGAGGGUGAUCCUCAUGAGCGGCAGCACGGGCUGCGGCAAGAGCACGCAGGUGACGCAGGCCGUGUACGACCACGUGCGCCAGCGCGACGGGCGCGGCCGCGGCCCCAGCGUCGUCUGUACCCAGCCGCGGCGCCUCGCUGCGUGCUCCCUGGACGAGCAGGUGAACACCGACCGCAGGUUCCGAGAGGUGUGGCCAGAGGAGGUGGCCGGCCUGCGCAUCACGGCCCACCAGAUCCAGGGAGACUCGACGAAGACGGGGGACACGCGGCUUUUUUCUUCUUCUGUCUUCUGCACCGCGGGCGUCCUGCUGCAGAUGCUGAAGCGCGACGGCAAGCAGGGCGUGCGGGAGUUCCAGUACAUCUUCCUCGACGAGGUUCACGAGAGGACCAUCGACGACGUCGGCGGACCUGCUCAUGAAUUUCUUGUGCACUCAGAAAUUCUUGGAGGGCACGUCUGUCAAGGUGAUCGUGAUGUCAGCCACCCUGGGCUUGGAGAGUUUACAAGACUACUUCCACAGUCGUUUUCGGGAAUGCCCGCACUGGGUCGGAGAUUUAUGUGUAGACCGCGUCGCCCAACUGGAGUGUUUAGAGGCCCAGCAGUUGCGAACUUUAGCGGGCUUCGUGGGCUUGGAGCUCCGCGAUGA